GCUAGAGGAAGGAGGGGAAAGCAGCAGCCCCAGGUGAGAAAACAGACCGUUAAGAGGAGCUCCAAGGCACCCCUGGAAUUGUGGACUCUGAAGGCCAGAUUCCUUCCCGUGAUGUUGACACCUCCACCUCUCCUGGUUCUCUUGCUGUCCCAUCCAGUCCUGUGGAAAGCACAAGCCGGCUCUCUGAGGAGCACAGCCAAUGAGGCCUACCGUCGAUGGGUGCAGUACCAGGCUCAAUGCCAGGAGGCUCUGGCUGCUGCUGAGCCACUGGCAGGCCUUGCCUGCAAUGGGACCUUCGACAUGUAUGCCUGCUGGCCCCACGCACCCCCUAACACCACAGCCAGUGCCCCCUGCCCCUGGUACCUGCCCUGGUACCAGGAAGUGACCAUGGGCUCUGUGCUGCGUCUCUGUGAGGCUGAUGGGCAGUGGGGAUCCUGGAGGGACCACUCCCAAUGCGUGUCUCCAGAGAAGGAGCACGUCUUCCAGGGUCAAAGGUUCAUCCUGGAGAAGUUGCAGGUGGUGUAUACAGUGGGCUACUCAUUCUCCCUGGCUGCCCUGUUGCUGGCUGUGCUGAUACUCAGCACCUUUAGGAAGCUUCGAUGCACCCGAAACUAUAUCCACAUGAAUCUGUUCAUCUCCUUUGUUUUCCGAGCAGCUGCCAUCCUCACUAGGGAUAAGCUGCUGCCCACCUUGGGCCUUCACACUGAAGACCCAUCUCAGGCCCUAGCCACUUGUCGAGUGGCCCAGACUGUGACCCAGUACUGUGUAAGUGCUAACCACACGUGGCUGCUGGUGGAAGGUGUAUACCUGUACAGCUUGCUGGCACUAAUGGCCUUUUCAGAGGAUAGGCACUUCAAAUGCUACCUGUUUCUUGGCUGGGGGGGCCCCGCGCUCUUUGUCAUCCCGUGGGUGAUCUCUCGACACCUUCACGAGAACACUCAGUGCUGGGAACGGAAUGAGAUCAAGGCAAUUUGGUGGAUUAUCCGCAUGCCCAUUCUCGCCACCAUCUUGGUUAAUUUCCUUAUCUUCGUUCGAAUUCUGGGCAUCCUGCUGGCCAAGCUGAAGGCCCACCAGAUGCGCUGCCAGGACUACAGGCUCAGGCUGGCCAGGUCCACACUGACCCUGGUCCCCCUCCUGGGCAUCCAUGAGGUGGUGUUUGCACCUGUGAUAGAAGAACAAGCAGAGGGCGCCCUCCGCUACACCAAACUGUGCUUUGAGAUCCUCCUCAGCUCCUUCCAGGGACUCUUUGUCAGCAUCCUAUACUGUUUCAUCAACAAAGAGGUCCAGGCUGAGAUCCGAAAACAAUGGCAGCGAUGCCAGCUGGUCCAAAGUCUCUUGGAUGAACGACGCCUGUCCCUGGACCGCCACUCUUCUAGCCACGGGGCUGCCCCCUGCCUCUCCAUAUGCAGCAGGGGCCUGGGUGAGGAAGGAGAGGAGGCCAGCCCAGCCUCUGAGAGCUCCUGCUAGGAAAGACUCCAACCACUGCCUGCUUUUCCCAACAAAGAAUCAAAGACGCAUGUGUGUUUAGCAAAAAUGUAAUCGCCACCAUGCCUAUUUUUCCAGCCCUAAUUUGAGGUUUAUAGAGCUCUUUGCUUGGCACAGCCUUGGGCUGGGGAAGGUGGUACAAGGUUGAUUAUCCCUGAUUUCCAGAGGGAAGAGGUGAGGCUCCAGAAGGCUGCAUGACUUGGCCAGGGGCGUAGGAAGAGGCAGAACUGUGAAGCUCAGAUAAAGACAGGCAGGAGCCCCAUGGGUGUAUGGAAGAAUGGAAUUAUAGGAUCUGGGAGCUGCAGGCAUCAUUUAAUCCAACCUGGCCCUGAGCUACAGGUCUCUCUGCAGCAUCCAGCCCCUAACAGGAAGCUCACUACAACCCUGUCUCCCUUCUCCUACCCUGGCAGUCCAUCCCAUCCUUAGCUCAUUAUUACGAGUUAUUCUCCCUUCUAGAAGACCUGGGUUCAAGCACCAUUUCUGCCACUGACACCCUAUCCUUCCCAUUUUCUGGGCCUUACUUUACCCAUGAUACUUGAAUAUUAAGCCAGAAUUGGAAUGCCUGCCCUCUGAGACCAAGCGGAACAAGUCCUUCAGACAGCACAAAACAGAGACUGUGUCACAAAAGCAGUUUCAGAGCUGAGAAGGACCUUAACGGCUAUGUACUACAACUUGUACUUGAAAAGAAAACAAACCUCCUUGUGUAACCCCCUGGACAAAUGGCCAUCCAAGCUGAGCUUGGAGACCUCGGGUGAGGGAGAAUUCACUGUGUUCCAAGGCUGGCCACUCCACUUCAGGAUGACUCAUCACAGGGACAUUUUUCCCCCCUGGUUAUCAAGCCCAAAUCUGCCUCUUUUCACUUCCCCCUACAGCUCAUGGUCCUGCCUUCUGGCACCAACCAUGGCAGGGUGGAUCCCCCUUCCACAUACCCAUUGUAUCUUCAAAUGCUUGCAGCCAUCAUAUCCCCCCCCCCCUGCCCCCAGUCUUCUCUUCUCCAGGCUGGGGGUAAAAGAUCCUUCAGUCCCUUCUCAUUUGGCAUGAAGAAGGCCCUUCACCACUUUGGAUGCUCUCCAGCCCACUGGGGUCCUUUAUAAAUUGUUAUCCCUGGAACCAAAUCCCCCAGAUGGGGCCUGGUCAGUGAGAGGACAGUAGGACCGCCAUUUCCUGGAUCUCAGAAGUCAAUGUGGCCCAAGAUCCUAAUAGCUUCGGGGCUUUGAGUGACUGAACUUUCAGUCUCCUAAAGACCUCUGAUAUUCCUCAGAGGAGCUGUUGGGCCUCUCCUACCUGAUAUGUUUCAAGUUUUGAACACAAGGCUGAUUUGAUAUUAAUCCCUAUUUCAUCUUAUUAGAUUCAGUCCAAUUGUCAUAGAAUCACAGGUCUAGAGCUGGAAGAAACUUCAGGGGCACACA